AUGUCCCUUUGUACUUUGUACUCGAUCAUAACUAUCAUAACGUCACACUGUCACACCGCACACACGCAUUGGAGAUGUAAGCCACGAGGUCUUCGCACUGCGAGAAAACACGUGAAUCACCGACGUGAACAACGUUGGAAUGAUAAAGACUACAAAAAAGCUCAUUUGGGAACGCGCUGGAAAGCUAACCCUUUUGGAGGAGCUUCUCAUGCUAAAGGGAUUGUUUUGGAAAAAGUAGGAGUUGAAGCCAAGCAGCCUAACUCUGCUAUUCGUAAAUGUGUCAGAGUACAGCUUAUUAAAAACGGCAAGAAGAUAACAGCUUUUGUACCUCGUGACGGUUGUCUAAACAAUAUCGAGGAAAAUGACGAAGUAUUAGUUGCUGGAUUUGGACGUAAAGGUCAUGCCGUUGGUGACAUUCCUGGUGUUCGUUUCAAAGUGAUUAAAGUUGCAAAUGUAUCAUUACUUGCAUUGUACAAGGAAAAAAAAGAACGCCCAAGAUCGUAG